UGGUGGCACAAAGUCCAUAGAGAAGAAACGAAAUUAAUGCCUGAGUAAUGAGGUUCUUAGUUCAAUUUUGGUCUCGGAACGGGCGGAUGGAAAUAUGAGUCCGGGGAGACGACGACAUGUAUAAAUUGAGACACCUCAGCUGGCAUUCAACGGAUAUCGUCUGCUCACUAGUAUAAUAGGAAAUUUCCACGAGACGUUAAUCAUGGCGUCUACAAUCAAGCCUGGACUUCCAACCUUCCACCACCUCAAUGACUCCCAAUCCCAACGAAUUCUCUGGUUUCUCGAAGAGCUAGAAAUCGAAUAUAACCUCGUGUGCCAUACACGCGUUGAAGGUCGUGCACCACCCGAGCUCAAAAAUGUUCACUUCAUGGGAAAGGCCCCGGUUCUUGUUACAUCCGAAAAUGUGCCCAUCGCAGAAAGUAGUGCAAUCCUCGGGUACCUGAUUGAUACGUACGAUAAAGAUGGUAAAUUUGCAGCACAGGAUAAGGUUCGCGAUGAGAGUUUGUCGUCCUUCGCUGGGUCGACUAUUGGGACUAUCGGAAUGAUUGAGUUGAUAUUUGAUAUCGUGGCCAGUAAAUCUCCGUGGCCACUAUCAAUAUUACUCGGAGGUGUCAAGUCGAACGUACAUAAGAGUUUCACGGGGCCGGAAUAUGCAACUCAAUUUCAAUAUCUGGAGAAGGAACUGACAGACGACUGGUUCAAUGGGAAGAUUUUGGGAAGGUCUGAUGUAAUGCUGAGUUGGCCCAUGGAUUUCUUGGCUGCAAAGAAGUAUGUGGAGUUUGAGAAGUACCCCAAGAUUUUCCAGUGGAGACAGAGGAUACAAGAAAGAGAUGCUUGGAAGAGGGCAAUGGAAAAGGGUAAUGGGUAUAAUUUGGCGGAGAUGUAAAGGGGAAUUGUCAGUUGUUUUUGCUGGAAUUGCAAUGUAAUAGCAGCGAGUAAUUCUUUCUGAUGUACUGGUACAAUUGUCUCAAUUCAAUAUUUGCAUCGAUGUUAGUACGUCUGAUGCUUACGAUUGCAUUUCCACUUUUUCCCCAAAAACACGUCCAUAUUCCGGGAAUACCGUGCUUUACGCCUAUGUAUCAGGUCGGGUGUUGCAUAGGAUGGAAUUCAAGCUGAAAUUGGUUGAGUUAAGUGACUAUGUGACGGUAUAAGCAAGUGCUUCUUCUAGGAGCUCUUUGGAGUUUUUAUGAAGUGUGCCCUUGCUCACCAAGGGAGCUGUAGAUCGUCUUAUGAGAUUCAAUCUACGCUGGGAGGAAGACGUUGUGAAACACUUCUCUAUCCAAGUUGACUCAGACAUCAAGGUUAAAUUCCCUUAAAAAAGUCGCAGACAGUCUAGCGACAUGUUGAUUUCAUUUCAUCAUCUCAAAUUUGUUCUUGUUGG